AUGUCUUCUACGUUCGCAAUCUCCACUUACCCCCUAAGCGCCACCACGGCGCUCAUCAAGCUCUCGCCAGCCCCAACGGCCAUCAGCAUCACCCCAACGCCCAAGUACCUCGCCUACCUCACCGAGCAAGAAAACUACAUCUUCGUCGCCAUGCGCUUCGGCGCGGUCUGCGCCGCCCUCACCCGCUUCGACAUGACCGACUCAGCAAGCAAGAUAGGCCAGUUUGCCGUCGACUUCCUCGGCACGGGCAUGUUCCUCACUAGCCUCGAGCACUACCUGCGCGAGACUUCACUCGGCGACGACCUCGUGUCCAUCAAGUACUGCCUGUCCGAUCUGAUCGAAGAUCUAGAGGCUCACCUCGACCCGAAGAUGCAGAGCGGCUUUGGCGGUGAUUUGCGCGAGGUGGUCAAACAGUGCGGUCUCAUGUACGAUCCCAGUGAGCUUCCUGAGGUGAUUGAGAUGGAGGAGAUUAUUGUGGUUGAAGACGGAGAAGAGGCUUUCACAGACGCUGAGGGCGAAGACGACGACGAGUAUGAGGGUUGA